AUGGGUUUCCUCCACGAGAUCUCGCAGGCUGCGAAGAAGACGGACGCGCUGGUCCUUCUGGGUGGCUCGCUCUCGGUCGUCGCCCUCUCCUCUGUGUGCAUGCGCGUGCUGGCGCCGCGACAGCAUCCCAGAGAUCUCCAUGAAGGCGAUUGCUCCUGCUGCUCCGAGGCGGGUUCCAUGAAGCUCUGCAAGAACGGUGUUCCUGGCCGGCUCCACUACAACUACAUGCCCUGUGCUCCCGGUGUCCUGCCGGUGUCCUGCAAAGCUGAUGGCAAGCCCAUCCGGGUGCUCCUGAUUCAUGGGAUGUGGCAUGGCAGCUGGUUUUGGAGGCGGCUUCAGGACGUGCUCGCGGCUGCAGGAUUUGGCUCCUAUGCACUGCACCUGCGGUCGGGUCGCUGCCAGGGCAUCAGCAGCCACCUACUUGACAUCGAGGGUACCAUGACAGAAAUGGGCAAGUUGCAUGGUGAGAGCCACUUGGUGGUCAUCGGACACAGCCAGGGGGGGAUCUUGUCUCAAUAUCUGGUCAGAGAUGCUGGUCUGGCGGAGCGUUUUGCUGGGGCAGUCUUUGUUGGCAGUGUUCCGGCAUCCUCCCUGUACGAGUUGAUCAAGAUGAUGCCAGUGGCCAUGCAACUUGUGAAGGAGAUGGACAUCAAGUCGAUCUUCCACGGCUUGGGCUUCAUUGGUUCAGCAUACUAUCAGCUGACGGGCCGCCUGUGGUCGAGCUGGUGCAUGAGGCGGAUCUUCUUCCUUUCAUCCAACUCAGAGCCAGCUUGCAGCACGACGGUCACCGAAGGCGGAAUGGAGGAGUAUGUGCGGAGGACUGUGGUGGAGGCCUCGGCGGACGGCUUUCCCACACACUCGCACUAUUUCGACUCAGCACACUCAUUUGCCAAGAUCGGGAAAAAGCCAGUACUGGUCUUGUCAGCGGAGCAUGAUUGCAUCUAUCCACCAGCCACGAUGAAUCCGGUCUUCUUGAAAUUAUUCCCCACGGCAAGUUGCAUCGUGGCCAAAGGCCAAGCACACUGCUUUGCCGAUGCGGGCUGGGAAGACUCCUUUGCACAAACUCUGACCGGUUGGCUUUCCAAGAGUUUCAAUCGAUGA